AUGCAGUUCCUGAAAUCAAUCGUCCUCAUAUCUUUCACGGCUGCCCUUGGAUCAAUACAAGUUGCCGCUGAUGGCAAAUGCCACGGAGAUCAUCCCAGGCUGUACUGCAUUACGGGUCUGGGCAAUCCUGGGCAGCAGAUGACGGAUUGCAAGAUUUCCCGACCAACUUUCACAGCAGACUGUCGCGCUCCAGGUGCCGGGCACACUCUAUUAAAAUACUGCUGCGACGAAUAUAGCAAGCCUGUAUCCAAUGACGGUGUUCAUGUAAAAUGUGGCGAGGAUUUCCCCGGAUGCGUGAGCGAUAGUGAUGUCGAUGCAAAACACAAAGCCCAUCAUGUUUGA